CAUAGUUCUUCAGAUAUUGACAUCCCUCUUUCGCCAUGUCUUCUACAGCUGACCCAGAGAUCAUUCUAGUGACAGGUGGAAACAAUGGCAUAGGCUUCGAUACAGUUGCUGCUCUGAUCGCCACCUCUACCAAUUACCACGUAAUCAUCGGCUCCCGCAACCUAGACAAGGGACGUGCCACACUCGAAAAGAUCAGAGCCAGGAAUCACCCCGGCACAGUUUCCCUAGUCCAACUAGACGUCACCUCCGACUCCUCCAUCACUUCUGCCUUCACUUCCAUUUCCCAGUCCUUCGGGCGUCUCGACGUCCUUGUCAACAACGCAGGCAUCUGCCCUGAGCCCGCCGCCAAUACCUGGCCCACCCGCAAGGAAUUGCGCGCCAUUUUUGAAACUAACGUCUCGGGACCCACUCUCGUAACUCAAGCCGCCAUCCCACUGUUGAAGAAGAGUAAAGACCCGAGGAUCAUCAACGUCACCUCCAGUCUCGGGAGUAUCUCCACGCGCCUCAACCCAGACGACAUCAUCGCCAGCGCCAACUAUCCGGCGUAUCGCAUGAGCAAGGCGGGAGUGAAUAUGUUGACAGCGUUCACGCAAACGGUAGGUGGGAUGGAGGGUGUUAAGACGUGGAGCUUUUGUCCGGGGUAUGUUGUUACGGAUCUUGGGGGUGAUAGGAAGCUGAAAGAGGGGUUGGGCGUGGAUAGUAGUGAGACUAGUGCAAGGGGAAUUCUGGAGAUUGUGAGGGGAGAGAGGGAUGCGGAGGUGGGGAGGUUUGUAGAGAGGGACGGGAAGAGCAGAGGAUGGUGAAGUAGUGGUAUGUUGUGCUUUUGCUGUCGUUUUAAUGAUGCUGGCUUUGGUGAGGUGCGAAUGCGAUGUGCUCCUAUGCGUGUGGUAAUUGCUCCAUGAGAGACAGGUAUGGAAGAGCUUCGGACCGAGGUGCGUAAGAUACAUAUUCAUCUGCAACAGUGAGGGCCUUUUGCACUCGAAGUGGUAUUGUGAGAGCAGUGAAGGAAAAGCAUGAGAAUUAUGGAACCUUAUACACUGUGGGGGAUUAUACUGUGGUUGAACAGAGAAUUGAG